AUGUAUCGUAGCCACGUGUUUUAUUAUUUAACCUUAAGAUUGCUCUCCUUAUUGCUACUCAAUGGGAAGAUCAAUAGGACACUAGCGAUCGAAUAUGAGGAAUGUUUGGGAGUCAAUGUGGGUACUUAUGUGGCCAGUAAGAUGAAUUGUGCCAAAUAUAUAUACUGUGCCGGCGAGGGAUCUUUUGAGGGUGAAUGUCUAUCCGAGCACUUUUACGAUGUUGAUCUGGAUCGUUGCAUGAAUCAGGAAUUGGUGCUAAGAUGUGGCGGAUCAACAACUAAACAGCCAUCAUCGCCAAGCCCUCUAUCAGCUGAAGAAACUUCAAGAAAUCCCAUCAAGUUGACAACUAGCAAACCACCGAAUUCUUCAUUUUCCGUAACACUGCAUGAACUACCCAUUGCCAAUCCGUGUUUAGCUUAUAUGGUUUGUUAUGAAGGUGCUGGCAUGCCAAAAGUCUGUUCACCCACCAGGCUAAUGUCCUGCACUCAAAGACAGACAAUACGGCCAGUUGUAGCCUGUCGUAAGGGUGUCUAUGAUUUUAUGCCACAUCCGCUCAAUUGUGCCUAUUUCUAUUAUUGCUCGAAUGGCAGCAAGAAACUGCAUCGUUGUCCUUUAACCUUCACCUGGAACUAUCAGCAACGUGCCUGCGUUCAGCCAGGUCAAAGGAAAUGCUUUAGAAUAAACACCAAUAGGCCUAAAGUGAAAAAGCUUGUCUUUAAUUAA